AUGAGCCGAGCAUGCUCGAGGGGAGGGGUAGGUGGAGAAACGGAGAAAGGCGGAGGGGUGGAGGGAGACGAUGGCGAGAGAGGUGAGGAGAGAGGUGAGGAGAGAGGUGAGGAGAGAGGUGAGGAGAGAGGUGAGGAGAGAGGUGAAAAGAGAAAUAAAAGGAAACGACGAAGAGGCGAAGAAGAGAAAGGUACAUAA